CUUCUAUGUCCCCUGAUCAUUUAGAUCCACAUCAGACUCCUUACACACCUAUCGAUAUUUACCAAAAGCACAUCCGUCUAAGAUGUCUAUUAAGGAAACAUUUCCCCACCCAUCCUGCGAGUUAUCUAAAUUCCAUUUACCAAUGUUUAAUCGAGAUAAGGAUACACAGGACAUGUACCGCUUCAGUAGGAUGGCUGACUCUAUAAUUAAUUAUAAAGACUCUGGUAGAUACGCCGAAGGAUCAUGGGGCUACACAGUACUACGCACGACAUACUCAGAUGAGUCUAACACGCUAUGGUCAGUUGGGCUAGAAAAUCUGAAGCGCUGGGUGACGCAGUAUUUUGUCCACAUAAACCGUCUGGCUACGAACAAAAGCGACGGAUCAGUCAAUGAAGAGCUUGGACGCCGCUUCAUCCUUGAGGAAUUCGAUAUAGACUCAGAGAAGCUAAACAUCCCUGACCUUAACAAGGCUAGCCAAGACGACAUUAAGGCGCUUACUAAUGUUUUUGAUUCUUGGCUUCGGAGUGCUGUUGGUAAUGUCGAAGGCAAUGAGGAAUUUAACAUUCAACAUAGCGCUAGGUUCUGCGACUUCCUAGUUAUUGAUGAGGUUUCACUUCGCUCGCUCACCGCGCUCCCUAAGGAGACACCGCCGUUGGGAUUAGUAAGUCGCGAGGAAAGACGAGCUCGGGAUAUUCUCUAUUGCUAUUCGUACGUCUGGCUAGUUGACUCGCAGGCCGUAAAACGAUUCCAGGGCGUUGAGGAUAGCGACAACUAUGAUGGGUGGAUGAAAUUGUGUACUGAAGAUAUCUAUGAUGCAUGGUUUGAAAGGACUAAUGCAUGUGGGAAGUGGUUAUAUACCUUUGAACGUAAGGAUAUCCCUAAAUUACCUGGGAAGUUGUGGUAUUCCGCCCAGUAAAUCUGCAUGAACGGCGACAUGAGGAAACCUUUUUAUAAGAGAAUUAUUUAGGCAGCAAAGAAGGGUGGAGGUUUAGCCAUCUACUAGAGGUACAGAUUCGUAGUAAAGACAUCACUAAUAAUUUUGC